GACCUAGGAUCACGUGACUACGCCAGUUACCCACGUGGGGGCACAACGGGCUCCAUUCUUUGUGCCCGGGUAAGGAGGAGUCGGGCUGGGACUCGAGCAGGCAGCGCGCUAAAAAUUUUGCUUCGGUGGGCGACGUGGAAGAAGUGCCUAAGGGUAUUCCUUGCAGGGAUGCCGAAGCGUGGGAAAAAGGGAACUGUGGCUGAAGACUGGGAAGAGCCCAAGAUCGAGCAAGAGGCCAAAAAGAGUAAGACGGCAGCAAAGAAAACCGACAAAGAGGCAGCAGGAGAGGGGCCAGCCCUAUAUGAGGACCCCCCCGAUCGGAAAACCUCACCUAGUGGCAAAUCCGCCACACUUAAAAUCUGCUCCUGGAAUGUGGAUGGGCUUCGAGCGUGGAUUAAGAAGAAAGGUUUAGAUUGGGUAAAGGAAGAAGCUCCAGAUAUUCUGUGCCUCCAAGAAACGAAAUGCUCAGAGAAGAAACUACCAGCCGAACUUCAAGACCUGCCUGGACUAUCUCAUCAGUACUGGUUGGCUCCUUCAGACAAGGAAGGGUACAGUGGUGUGGGCCUACUCUCCCGCCAGUGCCCACUCAAAGUCUCUUAUGGCAUCGGCGAGGAGGAACAUGAUCAGGAAGGCCGGGUGAUCGUAGCUGAAUUUGAUGCAUUUGUGCUGGUAACAGUCUAUGUACCUAAUGCGGGCCGGGGUCUGGUGCGGCUAGACUACCGACAGCGCUGGGAUGAAGCCUUUCGUAAAUUCCUGAAGGGCCUGGCUUCACGCAAGCCUCUUGUGCUAUGUGGAGACCUCAACGUGGCUCAUGAAGAGAUUGACCUUCGCAACCCCAAAGGAAACAAAAAGAAUGCUGGCUUUACUCCGCAAGAGCGGCAAGGCUUUGGGGAAUUGUUGCAGGCUGUGCCACUGGCUGACAGCUUCCGGCACCUCUACCCUGACACGGCCUAUGCCUAUACCUUUUGGACCUACAUGAUGAAUGCACGAUCCAAGAAUGUUGGCUGGCGCCUUGAUUAUUUUUUGUUGUCUCACUCCCUGUUACCUGCAUUGUGUGACAGCAAGAUCCGUUCCAAGGCCUUAGGCAGUGAUCACUGUCCUAUCACCCUACUCCUCGCACUGUGAGACCUCCCAAAAAUCGCUUUGAGUCUGGAAAAUGAGCCCCCUAAACUAGCAUUUCUUCUUCAAAACUUCCUCUUAAGAAACCUGUGCUGUACUUGCCUUCUAAAACUAUAUGAAUCCUCCAAACAGGCUUCUAGUGACAAAUUUCAGCUUUCUUGAACUUUUAAGCGCAAGAUUUUUGUUUCAUGGUUUUUUUGUUUGUUUUUACAUUAAAUAAAAGCUACUGAUGACUUCUUUUGAACUGUCCUUGUGAAAAUAAAAAGCCAUAGUUUCAGCCUU